AUGGCUAACCCGUCCAUCCAAGGAGUUCUCUGUCCUGGUGACAGGCUCCUGCAGGUAAACGGAAAGAGUCUGAGUGGCUUCACCCACAAGCAGGCUGUGCAGUGCCUCAAGGGCUCUGGGCAGAUAAGGGCACCCUCACUCAUUCCUGGGAGAAAGAGGCCCAGGACUGCACAGCAGUGUCCUUCUGUUAAUAGCAGGACGGGAGCUGAAUGCAUGGCUGUUUCCUUGGCAACAGCCUUGCCUGGCAGGCCUGCAAGCUGUGUCUCAGUGACAGAUGGUGUGAAGUUUGAAUUCAAACUGAGGAAGACUGCUGGUGGCGUGGGAUUCCGUUUUGUGCAGAUGGAAGAGAGCUGCAGCCACUUCAAUAAUGAUCUUGUGAGGAAUAAGCGGCUCUUCCCAGGGCAGCCAGCUGAGGAGAGAGCCAUCGCAGCUGGUGGCAUUAUCCUGGCUGCAAAUGGAAAGCCCACAGACGUCCUCUUCCAGGCGGUGCUCCAUUUACUGCGAGGGGCCUUAGAAGUCACACUCCUGCUUUGGACCCCUCCGGGGGUCUUGCCUGAGAUAGACCAGGGCUGGCAGACCCCUCAGGUUGCUGGUGGGAAUGGACUGCAGGAGUUAGGAACACGGUGGAAAUCACACCAAGCCAUGUUACCCCUGCGCAUCACUCUGGAAGAUGCGACGUUCCCCGUGGUGUCGGAGCAGCUCAUGAUCAUCGUUUGA